GUCAGGAGGCGGAGUCAUUACGUUUGAACUAAGCGCGGCGCUUCACUGUGCCUGUUAGCUUAAAAAAAAUAACAUGAUUUCGGGAUUUUAAUAAAUAUUUUGUGGGCGAAAAGACAUCUCGAUUGUUUAGACAUCAGCUGGAUCAACGAUGCCCAUUCGAGCAUAUUGUACGAUCUGCUCGGAUUUUUUUGAUAACUCCAAAGAUGUGGCUGCUAUUCACUGUGGUCACACAUUUCAUUACGCCUGUCUUCUUCAGUGGUUUCAGUCAGCUCCAAGCAAAACCUGCCCACAAUGCAGAAAACAGGUCAGCACAAGACACAUUAUCAACAAGCUGUUUUUUGACAUAGCCCCAGAGGAUGAUGGGAUACCAGUAGACCCAGAAAGUUUACAGAAUGAGGUGGCCCGAAUGAAAGCAAUUUUGUGUGAAAAAGAAAAAGAAUGGAGAGACAAGCAAAAGUCAGUAGAUGCUCUAAAAGAGACCAUUCAGCGGCAGAAGAAAGACCUGGACAGAUUUAAGAAAGACAUUGGAGACAAAGAGAUGUUGUGUUCUGUUCUCCGGAAACAGAUGAAUUUCUUGGAGAGUCAGAAUAAUGAAUGCCAGGCAGCCAAAGAGGAAGCCAAACGUCUCAGAGUCAAAAUGAAAACCUAUGAGAGUUUAGAUGUGGUCUUACAGGGUCAGAGGUCAGAUGUGGAGGCCAUGAUCACUGACAUGGGCGUCGGUCAGUCGGCGGUUGAGCAGCUGUCCAUAUACUGCAUCUCCCUUAAAAAGGAAUAUGACAACUUGAAGGGAAGCCUAAAGUCAUCAAAUGAGAUGUGUGAGAAGUUAAAAAGGGAACUGAUCUCCACUAAUAGCAAGUUGCAGAGAGCCACAUCAGAAACAAACCGAACAAAUGAGGACAUGAAGGCACUUCAGAGAGAUCUGUCCAAUGCAGACAAAGAGAUCACUAGCUUGAAGAAGAAGGUUGAAAUCCUCCAGCGGACGUUGAGCACACCAAGCCGCACUAAUGAAGCCAUUAGCAGACUGGUGUUUGAAAGCCCCGCCCCUUUGGAGUUUAAGCGUCCGGGUCACGGUCAGUUUUCAGACUCUCAGGAAAUUGACCUAAACUUGACCUUUGACAUUAACACACCUGAGCAGGUGGAGAAGAAACCCAUUGUGGUUCCGUCAAAAAAGAUGCGUCUCGACCCUUCGAAUUCUUCUUCUGAAAACACAGUCGGACUUAAGUCCUCUCAGAAUUCCUCUCGUGUCAAAGAUGAUGAUAUGAUGAUGGGACCCAUGUUGAGAAACUCGCUGCUCUUCAGAAAGAAUGCGUUUGGAAGCAUGCUGGACCCAAGCAAAUUUGGCACUGUAAGGACCGGAUAUGACGGACUUGGUGGAAGAGCUAAAUUUAUCCAGCCUUCUCCUUUAUCUGACAUUCGACCCCUUGCCAUGAAGCCCAAAAGGAAGAAGGUGUCCAGGCCUGUUUCAAGCAAGCCCACCUCCAGUCUGACCACCCUGGAUGGUUUCUUGGAGUGCAACAUCUUAUCUUCAGAUAGUGUGCCAUAAAGCCUGCUAAAUUCAAAGAAGCAAAGAAACUGCAUAGAAAGGAGAUCUAGCUCUUGUGUGUGAGUCUGCUGUACUGGAUCCACAGAGUCAUUUAUUAGCAGAAUGUGCUUUAUGACUUUAGUGUUUGUCAAAAAUGUUUAGUAGAAACUGAUUAUUUCUGAUGAAUAUCCAGUACAAUGUGCAGCUGUGCUUAGGAAACCACAAGCUUUUAGUCUUUAGUUAUUUGUAUGUUGAUUUAAAUAUCAUGUACUCUUGUGUAUAUUUAUGUGUUGUUGUUUUCAAAACUCGUCUUUGUACAGACACUGGCACAAUGGCGCCACCAGGUAGUGAGCGUUGCUGGUUUGUCACGUCAUUACAAAAUCCAUUAGACAGAAAAGCUUUUUAUUUAUUAGUCAUCAAUGGCGAUGGCUUGGCAAAUUUAAGUGGAGUCCAGUUUCUAUAUAUUUUGGGUCUUAUUUGGUUUUCCCAAAAUGUAUGGAAUCGUUUUAUUUAGUUUGUUUUUCAUCAUUUGUCUCUGUACAGAUGUAUAUAAUAAAGAAACAA